AUGGGCAAAGCAGCACUGGCGUUGCUGCAGGCUCCCGAUGUCAGACCUCCCAAGCGUGGGUCCGCCCGGUACUUCUAUGUUGGAAUUUGCAGCAUCACGCUCUUUCACAACCAGACCUGCGUCCAGGAGGGCAUCUCCAUAGCAUUUGUGGAAUUCUUUACUUCAGACAUAGCCAGCCUUUGCCAGCUACCACUCUCUGUUUGUCUUGGCUCCGACGAAGCUGUAAAACAUGGUAAAGUUGCAAUCACAAGAGCGGUCACAGCCCAGCCAACCUCUAGUUUCGACUCAAUGCUUCCCUUCACGAGCCAUGCCUGGCAGUGUGCGCAGAAGCCCACGGACUUGCGAGGGGAGUUCUCUACUGGCUGGGCCGCUGCGCAUGCACGGCUUGGCCCAGGUGAUCGUGGCGAUGUGGUGUACAUCGACACCGGUUCCAAUGCCCACCACUGUCAUGGGGUCGUGAUCUCUUGCUGCUCCUCAGCCUCCGGUGUGUGUCAACAUUUGCGCCAUGACGAGCUUGUGUCCGGCUUGGCGAGGCGCACUGUAGGGCAGCCAGACCAUUCUGUUUGCCUGCAGCUGGCGGACCGGGAAAUUUACGUUCCGCGCCGGCGCCUGCUUCGCGUGGUGCCGCCGAUGCAUGUGCUGGUUGUCCAUGACACAGUGGGCUAUCGACGCCUUGCGCGAACUCAAGUUGGGCAGGAUGAUGGAGUUCUGGAAGUUGGUUCUUCGUUGGGCGAGUGCACACACAUCCUGUCUUCGCAUGCCAAAGCCGUCAUUGGCAUCGAUGUUAGCCAGGAGCUUGUGGAGGAGAGCCAGCGGCGCUACCCUGGGUGCCGUUUUGAAUGGUUAGACUGCUUCCAAGAGCAAGUGCGGCUGACAGCCUUGUGCAAAGAGCUGUUGGACAUCAGCAGCGGCGGUAGCCUCAAGGUGUUCGUGGACAUUGGUGGUGACCGCACGACGAGCGACGUCUGCCUCUUCUUGGCUUUGUUGGAAGACUCUCUCAGGUCACUAAACGUGCCCUCCUCGCCAUCACUCAUUGUGAUCAAGUCCAAGGCACUGGCUGCCGCUGCCUCCGAGGUCGCUGUCCCCGACGGAACGAUCCCUCUGCCAAAGCUCCACCCCUGGUUGGAAGUCUGUGCAACACCACGGCCGUCUAGCUCCAAGCAAUUGAAAAAGAAGCUGGCGCGAGCCAGGAAGGCUCAGUGGCAGCAGGCGGAUCGCAACGCUUGGCAGGCCUUUGAGGCGCAGCGAAUACAGUGGGAGGCCCUUGAAGAGGAGGAGAGAGCGACCAUCAAGGCCGAGAUCCAGCAAAUCAAGCAGGAACAUCCGGAGGCAUGGGGAGAGACGGUGAAGUCCUUCCUGACGCGCCGCUUGUUGACCGGG